AUGUCUUUACUCCCCCUUCGCUUCGCAACGCUGACCCCGGAGAACAAGGCAGCCCAGAAAUGCCUGGCAUCCCUCGUCGACAGCCAGCCUCCCGAGUCUCCUGUUCAUCUCGUCGCUGUCGCCCAGGCCGAUGGCCCUACAAAGUCCACCGACCGCGCUGCCCGGUCUAAAUACCAGCUUAUGCUCUCGUUCAACGCCCGAGGUUCCAGCUUGGAUCGUAGCUGGCUGAUCGGGAAGCUGAGGCGGAGAGGUGCGCCCGAUCUGCCCAUCUGCUCGUCUAGAUCGCGUCACCUAAGAGGAUGGGAGGCCUGCAAGCUCUCAAUCCAUCCGCAAUCCGGAGCCUUAUUGUUGUGGAAUAUCAGCCAGCACCACUCGAUUGUAUACCUGCAGGCUAACGGUAGCCAAGAUGUCGAGCUGCAGUAUAAUGACGGAUAUGUUCUUCAUAAGAAUACCAACCGCCUCCGCAUUGGCCCGCUGGACUUUGUGCUCGAGUUCUCGGUUAGGAACGAGGUGGCCUAUUCGACUCAUCUCGAGGACUAUAUGCGGAGGCAGUAUCAGGGCUGGGAUCACCACCGCCGUAUCCAGGAGUACGGCUGUCUCGACGUAUUGCCCAGGCCAACACAGCUCGAUAUGGGGAAUAUCAUUCUUCAUCAUAUUAUCUCCAAGGGGGCCUUUGGUGUGGUUCGGGCUGGUAUCGAGAAGCAGACUGGAAAGGUUGUAGCCUGCAAGACGAUUCAUCUCCACCAUCACGAUAUCUCGGCUACCAGGAACGAGAUCGAGAUUGCCAGACAGAUCCCUCCCCGGUCUGUCGGCCUUGUCCCUCUCCUCUCCUCGUGGUGCGAGCAUGGCCACCCGUUCCCCUGUUCGCAGGCUGUAUUCGAGGAUGUGCAUCUCCUGAUGCCGUAUGCGCCCUUCACGUUUGCCAGUGCGCCGUGGCACGAGAUCGACCUGCUCACAAGGCUGGUCCUGUAUCGCCAGGUGCUCGAGGGCCUCAAGAACCUGCACAGCAUGGGCAUCAUGCACCGCGACAUCAGCCCUCAGAACCUGCUGGUCUUCUCAUGCCAGGCUCCUCCCGCCUCCGCAGCCGCUAUCUGCGACUUCGGCAAGGCCAAGAAGGCCCUCUGGGGCACCAAGGCGGCCCUCGGGCCCCUGAGCUUCACGGCACCAGAGGUCGGGCACCAGGAAAAGUAUACGAACGCCAUCGACAUCUUCAGCCUGGGCCUCUCUAUAGUGGCCACUUUCCUGCCGUGGGUCGGCGCAAGGGCCCUAUCCAGGGAUCACCACACAAGAAUCCUGGAGAGCCUUGCCGCCGGCCUCCAGGGGCGGAUCCCUGACAGCCUCAAGGCCCUCCUCCGCUCUAUGGUCGCAUGGGAGCCCUCGGGCCGCCCAACAGCUGAGGAAGCUCUAGCCGACCCGGCCUGGGAACAGACCGCGGUGGCGGAGCAGCCUGUCCUGGAGGACGAGCAGCACCAGAGCAGCAGCGGGGAGACGUCCAGGGCGAGACGGGGACGGCGGUCGGGCGGCCCUUCCAUCACGAGCUCACACAACAUGAACAGGAAGAGAGCGCAUGAGUCUUCCCAGCCGGCUAUGGCUGGAGCAAGUCAGUCAGGUGCGAAUAAGAAGAAAAAGGAGAUGAUGCCGACAUCUCAACCGUCUGGCCAGGAGGGCGUCACGGUACAGGAACCAGAAAGAUCGGAUGGCCCUUGUCGGCUCUCACCACCUCCUCAAUAGGUGUCUGUUGUUGUUGUUGUUGUAAUAUAACCCCAUCUAACAUGCAGGUCAACAUCUCGGAACAGGGACGCUUACAUGAUCCAGGUCUUUAUGUGAUAGUUGCAGGAUCGAUGUCGAGCCUUGUCGAUCCAAGUGAGCCACCAUACUGAGGAAGCUGAAUAUAUAACCACAAGUCAUUGUCAUUACCACCACCACCACCAUUUGAUAGAUCUUGCAUAUAGCUCUUCAGUCGUCAAUCUAUGUAUCAGGUUACACA